AUGCGCGGAGUCUCCACUGCGGAUCUGUUGGUGCGCAGGAGUCCCAGUACCAGCGCUGCCAACAGUCAGACCAACGUUUCAGAGCGACACAGCCACAGCAGCCACAGGAACUCCGACAACUCCGUCCACAGAAGCGAAAGCCACCGCAACUCGGAGAACAGUAAUCAAAAUAACUCUGCAAGCAAAAUACAGCUUCCCACAGUGUCUACGCACGCGCCCUCAGACCAACCGGUGAAUCACACCCACCUAAACCUUUCCUAUGCAUCGUCGGCAAUUCAAAACUCCGACUUCCGAACCCGGAUGAAUGAUUGUCACGACAUCCACGUGAGCGAAAGCCGGGCGUUUUUUGGAGUCUACGACGGCCAUGGAGGCGACGCAACUGCUCUGUGGUGCAAAUCGAAGCUCAGACCCUUGAUUUACGCGGCCCUGGGUGCUGUCCAUGAACGUCCAGUGGGCAACAAACCCCGUCCUAGCAUGUACGCCCGUGCUAUGAGUGUUUCACAGUCUGUGGUGACAGAUACGACUAAUACGAGUGGUGCCAACAAUGCAACAAAUGCAACAAAUGCGCCAAACACCAACAAUCUACAGGUUCCUAACACAAACAAUAAUACAACUCCCUCUCAACCAAGAUACUACACCCCCGACCUGUCGCUUCGAAUAUCAGCUGCCUUCUACAAACUCAAUGAGUGGAUCGUGUCGAGAUCGGGAUACUCGCUUGGAGGCGCAUGUGCCACAGUGGCUUACAUUGAACAUACUAGACGCGAAUCGUUGGCCCAGUCGUCCAAUAAUCACGAUGGAAGCAUGAUAACACGUCUCGUCGUAGCCAAUGUGGGUGAUAGUGUGUGCGUCUUGAGCCAUAAGGGACGAGCUCAACGUAUGACUGCAGACCACACGUUGUCUGCCCCUUCAGAACGUGAAAGAGUCGUGGCUAGUGGAGGUCUGAUCACCCACAAGAAGGUUGACGGUCUCCACAGAGUCACCAGAUCUCUCGGAGACAAGAGCUUCAAACGGUACAUUUCGUCCCGGCCAUUUGUAUCCGAUACCGUUCUUGGGGCUGCGGAUGAGUUCCUCAUUCUGGCCUCAAACGGCCUCUGGGAUGUUGUUGACGAUCAAACCUGUGUUGAUUUGAUUCGACAUGUUGAUGAUUGUAAAGUUGCUUCCGACACUCUGGUCUCAUAUGCGCUCAAACAUGGAGCAGCCGACAAUGUGACUGUUAUUGUGGUCCGGUUUGUGUCCUCAGACAUGUGUCGAGAAUACCCUCAACUGGGUGAAACUGCCUCGAUUGUGUCUUCUGAAGGCGAAAACCGACGUCUUCUGUCCACUCGCCGGGCCUUUUCUCAAUCCGGGUACAUUCCUGGUCCCGGCCUGGCCACUCUUAACGAGUCCAAGCGUGUUCAUGACCGAGUGUCUCGCUUCAACAUGUUCUCGACCCUCACUCGAACCCACGAUGCCAUUUUCGACAACCCCGAAAAUUACAAUGUGAUCAUGGCUGCUGCAGAAGUAUCUCUGAAGCUGCGCGGUCGAGUUGGACCUCUGGUAUCGAACUCCUCCGAGAGGAUGUCCGAGCGAAUGUCCUCGGAUAGAAUGAACAGUAUUGUUUCCAUGGGGACAGUGUCUUCUUGUUCUCCUCGGUCUUCGUUGACCUACUCUGACGACGAGUCUACCACGCCAGCCACGUCCAUGGCAAAACGUCCUUCUAUUUCCUCAUCUUCUAGUUCAGGCUCCUCUUUCAACCGACGAUCUCAGUACAUGCGAUCUCGAUCCCAGGUGUCUGGUAUUGCUACUUUUGAGCAGCUGGAAGAGAUGGAGGAGCUGGACCGGCUCAGAAGCGUUAACUACUCGGGCCUGGCUCAACCAGCUGACCUGCGGGCCAUCACAGACACCGAGUCUGCCAUUGAAGAGGACGAUGACGAGGUGUUGGAAGAGGUGGACACGCAGCUGGAGCUGCCUCGAAGCAAAAAGGUGCUGUUUGCAAACUCCACCCGGUCUCAGAGAUCGUCUGCAUCUACGCUGGAGGUUGCUAGAACGCACUCUGCAGCAUCCACAGCGUCUUCUUCGGCCACCAUUGAUGACGAUACCGUUGCUGAGCGGUUCACUAACAUGUUCAACAACUCGCGACCUGCCCGAAAGAUGUCGCGUGCGUUGGAGAACAUUUCGUUUGAGCCGCGACGGGGAUCUUUCGAGAAGGAGGAGCGGGACUUUGAUGGCUCCAACUCAUCUAACUCUGCUUCAAACACGCCCUCCGGCACUCCUUCGGCCUCCCAGUCGUUCAUUUCUCUACAGAGAGAGCUGCGAGACAAGGCCCAUGUUGCCAGUCACCAUCUGACAGGAGCUGCUUCGGCUGCCACUGGACUACGACACCCCCAUAUUGGAGGAUUUUUCCCUGAACAUCAUCACAAUCACAGCCACAGCCACAGCCACAGCCACAGUCACAGUCACAAGAAGAGCAACUCUGUGGCCAUUCCCUAUCCUGAUAAGGAUGGCUCUGGUAGCAACUCUAGAGAGGGUUCAAAGGAGAGAAGUUUCAGUGUUCAGCUCGGAAACGCUCCUCACCAUAUCAGUCAUCUGUUGCAUGGUUCCAAGACGAAGAUGUAA